UAGUAAGCACAUUUUUUUAGAAUAUAUUAUGCAACUCAGUACCAGUCACACACGAAUAUUUGUAAUGAGAAUUUUCGAUCAAACAAUUUUCGAGAUUGGUGGUACAUGUAUGUCGUUCACUCGCUCUUAAUAAUAUAGUAGACGCACGCCACUGGUUAUUGUAACAUUAUUGAAACUUCAUACAAAUUAGUUGUCAGAAGUUUAUUAGUAGAAUUUAUAUUUUUUGUAUACUAACCUAACGAAAAUAUAAUUUAAUUUAAUUUUAAAAUAAUGGCUGAUGUUAAACCAACUGAAAUAAAUAACGAAGAUGUACAAAACUAUACUGUGAGUAGUACUAAUGAUCCAAAAAAUAUGCAAGAACUUACACAAUACGUAAGUGAUAAAUUUCAAACAAUGUCGGAUCAAAUUAUAAAUCGAAUUGAUGAGAUGGGUAACCGGAUUGAUGAUUUAGAGAAGAACAUUGCGGAUUUGAUGACACAAGCGGGUGUAGAAGGUCCUGAUAAGUAAAAAAAUGAAUGAUUAAGUGAUUGCAAUAAAUUUUCUUUAUUUAUAUUCGUUUCAUUCCCAAGUAUUCGUUGUUUUUAAUUUUUGUUAAAUUCAAACAUCAUUAUUAUAAUUCGAAAAAUAUCUUGAAAAAAGGGACAGGAAAUUAACUCAAAAUGCCCAAAAGUGUAAAUAAUUUUUAAUAAGAAAUUCUCAAAUCAUAAAAAUAUCACUAAUUCAGUGCAAAAAUAACCUUUUAAACAAGGCAGACCGUAAAAAAUAUUCUAAAUUAUCUCGCAAGAACCGUUAAAAAAAAUCCGUAAUUUUCGUUAUAUAGGUAUAACCAACUAAUCAAGUUUAUAUUAAGGAAUGUAAAAGGAUCUAUAGAAUUGUCAUGGCAAAAUCACAGGUUAUAAUAUUUCAAUUUAACGAACCAUUUAUUUCUUCAAACUAUUACUUUAGAAUAUUCUAUACAGUAUUUUCUUAUUAAAACAUUGUUUUUGUUUUUGAGUAAGUUUUCGAGUACUAAUUCACUUAUUUACGCCAAAAUAAAUACUAUUCGAAUACUAUUAUUAAUACUUAUACGAAAUAAGGCCAUAUAUAUGAUCUAAUUUUAAAUAUGUAUUACUAUUAUGUCGUAAAAACAUUCAUAACUCAUUAAUUUUCAUCAAAUUAAUUGUAACUUACAAGAAUAAAAGAGUUUUUAUUAUA